AUGUUCAGUUCGGUGGGCUUCUGUCUCGCUUUGGCUCUGCCCAUCGCCUCGCAGCAGAUCUACGACAUCUGGUCCACAACGUGGCAAAGGGAUAACCUUUUCACUUACAAGAAUCUGGGUUCCAGUCCAAUCAACUUCGUGACACCGGUAUCCACUGGCACGUCAGACAUCCAGGUCGCCGACACGACAUACUACCAAGAUAUCAUCGGCUUUGGUGCAGCUUUGACGGACUCGUCUGCCAAGCUGCUAAGCCAGCUGAAGGCUGGUAGUCGUCUUUCCCAAAACUCGACUCAAUACUGGUCUCUCAUCGACUAUUUAUUCGAUCCUACCGAUGGCGCGAAUGCAGCUGGCAUGACCUACCUUCGAGUGCCACUCGGUGCAUCCGAUUUCUCUGCGUCCACGUACACGUUCGACGACACUAGCGGAGACACCUCACUCAGCGACUUCAACGUCAAUGCCGCCCCGUCCUAUCUCUAUUCGACCAUUGCAGAUAUCCUCUCCGUCAAUAGUAUCAUCAAAAUCCACGUCUGUCCGUGGUCCCCGCCGGCAUGGAUGAAGGACGGUGGAUCUAUCGACGGGGGGAAGUUCUAUACAUCGUACACCAGCACCUACGCGAACUACCUGCUGAAGGCCCUGCAGGGCUUCCAGGGCAAAGGUAUCCCGGUUUGGGGAGUCAGUCUUCAGAACGAACCGCAGAACAGCAACCCAACCUACCCGAGCGCUCUGAUUGAUGCCUACUGGGAGGGCCAGCUGGGAACCCAGCUUCGAACGCUCAUGGACAACAACGGCUUCUCCGGCACGCUCAUCAUCGGAUAUGAGCACAACUGGGACGAUGCCGGAGCAUACCCGGUUGAUCUGAUGGAGGAUGCUGGAAGCGCGUUCGAUGGUGUCUCAUUCCACUGCUAUGCUGGCGAUGUGGGCGACCAGCAGACGUUCUACAACGCCUACCCGAACAAGAAUAUCUACUUCACUGAGUGUUCAGGUACCAUUGGUAGUGAUUGGUGGAGCGACAUCAAGUGGUACUUGAACAAUAUCUUUAUCGGUUCCGUCAACAACUGGUCCCGCAACGGCGCUAUGUGGAACCUUGCGCUGGACAGCACUGGACAACCUGAGUUGCCAGGUUCGAACAGCUGUGGUGGCGGCGGAUGUCGCGGCGUCGUCCAGAUCAACAGCGACGGCACCUGGUCGGUCAACCAAGAAUUCUACGCCAUCGCACAGGCGUCGAAGGCGAUCAUCCCAAGGGACUCGGGCGGACCGUUCGGCCAGCGCAUCGGCGUGUCCGUCAGCGGCAACCAGAACCUCGUCGUAUCGGCGUUCGUCACCAAGCGGGUGUCCUCCAGCGACUGGUGGCGGUACAGCCUGGUCGUGCUCAACCAGAAUGAUAAUAGCAGCGGCUCAUGGGAUCCCGUCGACAUAGCCGCCACCAUCGAGUUCAAGGGCGCGCAGGCCAAGUACACUUUCCCUGUCGGUGUUACCACUCUGUGGUGGUACGCCGCACCGGAUACGAGCUACGCACCGGAUCAACUCACUCUUUGAUUCGCUUGGUGCAGUGCACUCAGUCGCGACGGCCUGGUUGUUCCGUUUCCUUCGAUGCUCGGCCGCUCUCGCUUUACGCUCGAGGCAGACUUCCUUAGCGUUCUACGUAUUGAGUUCUCAGCUUCCAUCGCUCGUCUCCGUACUUACUCUUCACGGGUUCGCUGUAUGUAUCGUCGUAGUUCUGGAUCUUAUGGUUGCUGUAAUGAUGUUGUACAAAUACACGAUGCUCGUCCAAGAUCAUAAGGUAACACGGCAACAUGUGAAUGACGAUGACGCAAAGCAGGUACAUGUCUAGUUGCUACUAUACAAUCCACAUGGUCGUAAUCGUACAGCAGGGCACCAGAAAGGUAUCCAAAGGAUCCACAAAACGAGCAG